AUGACGGAGAAAUCAGAGCACCUAAAGAAUGCAAUGCCCACAGAGAGGAAGUCCACGUGGAGAACGGCGGAGGAGAGGCGGAUGUCAGACCUCACGCGGGUGCUGGAGUGGCUGGAGCGGAGGCAGGGGAAGAAAAAGCAAGUGUAUGAUCUCCAGCAGAAACCCAAGGGGGUAACUGCCCCUAAAACAAAUGGGAAGGAAGGAAAGAAAGACCUAAACAUCCUGAAACAGCAGAAAGGGAACCGCCAGGUGGCGUCUGCCAAGCAGGUGACACGGGCUUCCCACGCUGAGAGGGACAGGGACCCCACCGUGCACGGAAAGAUCUACGGCAGCGUGGACCCAAAGGGAAAACGCCUUAGCAUGAUUCCCAGCAGCUACACCAAGGAUGGCCCCAGGAAAUCCGACCUCGACAUCAAGGAUGCAAUCGCCCUGGAGUCCAUUCAGCGGUCCCUGCAGUACCACCGCCAGAGCGUCCUGGACCCCCUGCUGCAGGAAACGCCGGUCUUCGGUCGGAGGUCGACCCUCCUGAGGGACUGGGUACUAAGCAGGUCCACCGAGAUCUCCUACGAGCGCAAGCUGAAGAGCCUCAUGGAGAAGGGCACCGAGCCCAAGGCGGAACUGGUGAGGAUGCUGAAGCCAGAGGAGGUGCUGAGCUGCCGAUACCUGAGGCUGUCCAAGAACAACAUUCGGACCUUGCUGAAGCUAUGCAAGGACGCGGGCAUGAACGUGGACAUCCACCCCCACAUGGUCGAAGGAGAGAUAGAUGCGAAAAAGGUGUUCAACCAAAACCCCAGCGUGGCCCUCUAG